AUGAGCAAUUUAACCCACAGAAUAUUACUGGGAGAAUUUGACGGAUCUUCCUCCGAUGAUGAUGAGAUUGCAAUGGCGCAAUUGAUCAUGGCCAGGCAAUACCAAAAAUUUCAAAGAAGACGCCAACAAAGAGGUCAUGUUGGCUUUACAAGCGGUCGAGCCUGGAUCCCCCGUGACAGAGUUGCUGCUGACCAACGACUCAAUGAUGAUUACUUUUGUGAGUAUCCACUCUAUGACGAAAAGUUGUUUCAGCAACGUUUUCGAAUGAGUCGACCCUUAUUUCACAAGAUCUUGGGCAAACUCCAACAACAUGACGUGACGUUCGUCCAAAGGAAUGAUUCGACGGGCGCUGUAGGUCUUUCUGGUAUCCAAAAGAUGACAGCAGCUCUGAGGAUGAUGGCAUAUGGAAUGCCUGCUGAUAGUCUUGAUGAGUAUCUCAAGAUUGGGGGAAGUAUAGCAGUUGAGUCUCUUCAAAGCUUCUGUAGAGGUGUUAUCUCUAUUUUUGAAGCAGAAUACUUGAGAAAACCAAAUGAAACAGAUACUGCAAGGCUCCUACAUGUGGGCAAUCAACGUGGUUUUCCUGGAAUUGCCGGUCGUGCCCCUCCAGCCCAUUUUGUUGUUAACGGGAGUCAGUACGACAUAGGGUACUACCUUGCUGAUGGUAUCUAUCCAAAAUGGGCGACUCUCGUCCAAACCAUUUCUCAACCACAAGGAAGAAAGAAGCAACACUUUGCGAGGAUGCAGGAGGCAUGUCACAAGGAUGUUGAAAGGGCAUUUGGCGUACUCCAAGCACGCUGGGCAAUUGUGAGAGGACCGGCGCGAUUCUGGAAUGAGGAGGAUCUAGGCUACAUCAUGAAAACAUGUGUCAUUUUGCAUAACAUGAUAAUUGAAGACCAACGUGAUCAUGAUGCUAGUGAUGAAAUUACUGAACUUCUUUCUUCCAACCCAAUUCAAGUAUCGAGAGAUAUCACUCCUGCAUUGGUUGAUUUCUUUAAAAAUAACCGCAGGAUUCGAUCAAAUGAGGCACAUCAUUCGCUCCGCAAUGAUCUUAUUGAACACCUAUGGGCCCGUAAUGGAGAUGAAGAAUGAGGUUCCCGUGUCUUGUAUUUCAU